AAGAAUACGUUACAAAGUUACAAAGUAAUGACGUUGGCAAGUUGGCAACAUUGCCGUCAUGGCUGAACGAAACUGUUGACUAUCUGUCAAUUUUGUGAAAUCUUUUAUUUUCGCCAUGAUCAGGAAUAGGAAUUUUUUCAGUGAACUCUGUUGCCUGUUUUGUUGUCCACCAUGCCCGGGGAAAAUCGCGGCUAAGCUCGCAUUUCUGCCUCCAGAACCUACGUAUGCAUUCACACCUGAUGAGACAGGAUCAAAAUUCACAUUGACGCUGACCGAACGAGCAGAAUGGCAAUACUCAGAACGAGAAAAGGAGAAUAUCGAAGGCUUCUACUCGAGAACUACGAGAGGCAACAGAAUAGCUUGCCUCUUUGUUCGGUGUAGCCCCAAUGCACGCUUUACGAUAUUAUUUUCACAUGGAAAUGCCGUAGAUCUCGGUCAGAUGAGCAGUUUCUACUUAGGAUUAGGGACUAGAAUAAACUGUAACAUAUUCAGCUAUGAUUAUUCUGGUUAUGGUGUGAGUGGUGGAAAACCGUCAGAGAAGAAUUUGUACGCUGACAUCGAUGCUGCGUGGCAAGCGCUUCGGACUCGGUAUGGCAUCAGCCCAGAAAACAUUAUAUUGUAUGGACAAAGCAUUGGAACGGUACCAACAGUGGACUUAGCUGCUCGCUACGAAGUGGGAGCUGUUGUGUUGCACUCUCCACUCAUGUCUGGUAUGAGAGUUGCCUUCCCUAACACCAAAAGGACAUGGUUCUUUGACGCUUUUCCCAGUAUCGACAAAAUUCCAAAAGUAACCUCUCCGGUUCUUGUUAUUCAUGGAACUGAAGAUGAGGUGAUAGAUUUUUCGCACGGACUAGCGAUUUAUGAACGCUGUCCUCGUGCCGUUGAACCAUUAUGGGUGGAGGGCGCUGGACAUAAUGAUGUUGAACUUUUCAAUCAAUAUUUAGAGAGGCUGAAGCGUUUCGUUUCAGUGGAAUUGCUCAACUGACAAAGACUGCCGGCCCCAGGCCAGACUACUCAAGGUGACGACCAAAAUCCCGCAUCGACUCUGAGCUCCGGCACUUCUAGUUCAGCGACAGAGAGACUCCUCUAGCUAGCGGGGGCCGGGCCCAGCCGGGCCGGCCCCAACAAAAACUCAGCGAACGCUAACGGCUCCGUGAGUCCACACAAUUAUAAGGAAAACAAUAAAACAGACAAUAACGAAACAGGCUCUGCCGAUCUGAAACCAUCCGUCGCGCAUAACAUCAGCAUAAACGUGACCGAUACUGACUCGCCCACAUGUGUGCGAAGACGGAUACAUUUGCGAUCUCUUAGCGAUGUGACCCCAGCUAGUCGCACACAUACGCCGCGAGCGCGCUCCCACUCAGAACGGCCGCGAGCCUCCCCAGCGCCUUCCCCGUCGCACGCAGCACCACAGUCGCCUGCGAUCGUGUUGCCCGCGCCGGCAACCACGCCUACUGUGUUGCUGCCGCGGAUCGUUCGUAGCGAGCGUUCAUCACCUGACGCCUCGUCGCUUGCAUUGGACGAUGGCACCGAACCUCGUUUGCGAAGUCGUGAUCGCUCUGGCAGCGACGCCGUUUCCGUCCUAGGAAAUCCGUGGCGCAAAAUGAGCGAAAUCGAUCUGAACGCUGGCGAUAGCCGUGGUCGAACCGCUGGCCGCGGAGCACUCGAUCCUUGGGUUAGAAACCCCACAUUGCGCCCCAAAAAGUCACUCGACCAACCAGCAUCCCGUGAAGACGUUGCUCGCGCGGCGUCUGACUCAGAGCAAAAACGAGAGGUUCCAACCGUUAAAAGAGGUAAGCUCGAGCGGCGCUCGCCGGUCGUAUGCGAGACGUGCGGCAACGAAAGCUGCGAGUGCUGGCGAACCAGCUGGGCCCGGCAGGCGCGCGCGGCGCGGUCGCUGGGCGCGCAGUGCACGUGCGACGCGCGCUCGCCGCGUCCGUCGCCGGCGCGGCUGCGGCCCCGCGCUCCUCCGCGCGCUCUCUCCGACGACGAAGAGCGCCCGCGUCGACUUUACAAGUCUGCUUCGCAGAAAAUGAUAUGCACUUCAGUCGAUGGUGACAGAGUUAAGAAGCUAGCGGAUCCUCUGUUGGAGACCACCUGUUGAGGUGACGGACGUCGACAUAGUGUGAGGAGCCUGCCCGCGCAGCCGCGUCGCGUUUGCCAAUAGGGAGGAAUCGUUUUGUGUACGGUGUGUGUUGUCCCUUUUUGAUGUACGAGUAUUAUUAGUGCGAAUUUUGUAUCCCUUUAGUGUUAAGAUUUCAAAAUUUAUUAUUGUACUGUAUCAUAAUAUUUGAUAAAUAUAAAAAGUAUGCUCGUUUUAUGAUAUGAUAAUGAAUGUUUUUCAUGAAUAUUGUAUAAUUAUCUUUUACUUCGAGAGGUUGUGCGUAAUUAGAUAUUCUACAUCAUUUGAAAGAAUUCUUUAAAAACAAAGUUCAAUUGCAGUAGUAUUUCAAAAACAGUUGUAACUACAAACAUGAAAAAAAUAGUUAAUAUAUAUAGUCACUGAUCUAUUAUUUUUUAUUGUCACAAAAAACUUAACGCACAAUACCAUGGUAAAUCUCUUACAUUUUCACCAGUCCGUAGUACAUCUUCCAUAAACUGUAAAUAUAUUUAGAUAUGAAUUAAACAUAUUAAUUAUAGUUGUUAUAUAAAAAUCUGAUUGUAACGCAGAAUACUAAAGCAUAUUUAAAUAUUAAAUCGAUUUAAUAGGCAUGAUCAGUUUCUAUCUUAACAUUCCACGAACAUGUUAUAAUGAAAUCCAAUUAGCAGAUUUCCUUUGAUGCUCCCGAUCAUACAGUUUAAAAGUAUGACAAAUUAAAAACCGUUAUUGGAAGCAGCUUUGGGCGUUAUUUUAUCGUCAUUAAUCGUAUUUAGUACUUAUCAUAAUAUGACUUAGACCGUACGUGUUUCAGAAUUAAAUAACAUGUUAUUAAAAGAAAGCAAAUUGUAAUUCUUGCAAGGAUGAAUGUUCAUUUAACCGGACCUUCAAUUUCUCUCGAUGUGGUAUUAUAAAAUUGUAUGACAUUACUGCUCUGAGUAGGUAGGUAGUAGGUAUCUCAUAUUACCUUCAAACUAGAUUACAUUAUUAAAAUGAAGGAUGCUGUUAUGUGAUGAUGCGCACCAAAAGAAAGUUGGAAUUAUUCGCGUGUAUUGUUCUCAAGAAUUCAUAUUCUAAUGUACCUAUCCCUAAGCGUUAGAUAUCUGCUUGUGCCAUCCGUGUAAUACACGGUUGCUGAUUUAUUUAUAUAACCAAGAAAUGAACUCGUAGUAAGGUUGAGUGGAACAAUACUAAAGUACAAUAAAUCGUAAUAAAUUGGUAUCUUCUGCAGGUUACUUCCGCACUUAGUUUAUUGGUCUCUACAAUGAUCGAACGUACUGACGUCAAUGUAUCAAAUUAUCAAUACGUUUGAAUAAAAUUAUUGAACGAGCUCGGUUGGGAACAUUUUAUGGUGCGUGAACAUAAUUGUUGACCAUACAUUCAUUUUUGAAAAUAAUACAUACGUUUUUGGAAGUGAAUUGUAGGUACAUACCUAAUGAAGAGAAUUACAUGAUUUUAAACAAAUAUAUAUAACAAUAUACAAUAACAAUAUAUAUAUAACAAAUAUAUAUAACUUGGAAAUACAUCGCCUAAAAAUGACUAAAUCAAAUUAGAAUCAACCUUAAAAGGGCUAUAGAUCUUGGACUCCGUUCAUAACUUAUUAGGUUGCCAAGCACUGUAUCUAUGAAUUAAUGAUGAUAUGAUUUUAUUCACGUCUGUAAAUAUUCUCAUGUUUGUAUAAGAUUUACACUCCAAUGUUGUUCUGCAGCGACAGAUAAAACUUAUUAUAAAACAACAAAUUUCUAGGAAUCGGGGCAGGUAGUUUUUAUACAACUGGUACCAGUGUAAAGUCAGAUAUCGUUUUGUUAACUUCUUCAACACCUAACUAUGUACUGAACAUUUGGGUUUAGUGAUAUAUGCGCAAGCGCAAGAAUUGUUUUAUUCGAAUUGUAGCCACGCAUGGUAUUUCAUCUUACAUUUAUCGCAUUAUUAUUAAGCCCUAAAUGAGUGAAUAAAUGCAGCAAUGUAAAACGUUAUAUAAAUCCAUGAAUGAUAAAAGGUCAGUCGAUAAGCGUGGUAGUACAUGCAGAUUGCCGAUAAAAGUUAAUGUGUUAUCGAUGAGCCAGGCUUUUGCUGGUCAGUCACGGACUUAGUACCUACAUUUGCAUUUUAAUACAACUGUAUACGAAAGUUCCUACUUCAAAAUAUCGAAGUGCCAAUUAUGUAUGUAGCUACUUGCUAAUAUGAUGGCCGUUGCUGGGUCUUAUACCUAAAGCCUUAAGUCCAAUCCUGACAAACUUGUUGUCCAAACUGCGCAUGCUAGGCCUAAAAUACUGCAACAGGCAACUGUAAUGUAUGUUAACCGGCCUCCUAAUUGCUGUGCAUAGCUGACUUCGUAAUAAACUUCGAUAGCUACCUUUUAGUGAAAGUUUGAGUAUCAAAGAAAUAACAAGUCCUAACAUUGAUAAUUUCCAAAUUGAUUCUUUUGUUUUUAAGACUGUACGGUAGACCGCACAUCAGUGGUAACUGUCAUGCACCUUAACUCAAUAGUAAUAAGUACGAUUUUCCUUUAAAACUGUUACCACUGACCUGAAGUUGACUGUACCUAAUUCCUACUAGCGUGACAUAAUCAUAUUAAUUCAAGCGUGUCGUUUUUAUUACGCUUACAAUUUGAGAAAUUGCAUUGCAGGCGUACAAUGCCGUUAUAUGGCUGUUUGGGUCGGUUAUCAGCAGCAUACAAUUCAUAAAAUCCGUUGAUUAGACUACACCGCUCAAAAAUAGCAAAUAAAACAUAAGCAACACGCAUGCAUAGGAAAGUCUGGAAAAAAACAUACAUAAGUAGUAUCGCCGCCUCGCUUGAUCGUUUGCGGUAGCUACUUGCUUUCUUCUCACAUCAGAAUAAGUCAUUUUUCUUCACAGUGCCAAACAAAGUCUUAUUACCUAAUAGUCACAGAUUAAGUUCCCUAUAAAUAACAUUUUCAAGGGGUUAAACUUGAACUAACUUUUCGCCGUGAUUAUUAAUAGGAGGACGUGUCUCGUAAUAUUAUUACUAUAACAUGUAACUCUUCAACUCAAUAUUUGUAGGAAUAUCUUGUUGAAUACAAAGCAUUAAUAACAUAGUCAUACCUAAAUAGUAUCCAUGUGAUCCCUAAUAGAAAAUGAAAUCUAACAUCUGACUACUUAUGUAUUAUUUAGUUAAUUCUGUGUUUAUUUCGCAAAUUAUGUAUUGUUCAUUACUGCUAGUCCAAUGUACGCUCACCUUGUAUCCAAAUUUUUGAGUAUUCCUAAUUAAGCUCGAAGGGUUAUCAAAUCAUUUUAUGUAACUAUUAUCAUUAUCGUUUUAUCUUUAGGAUGAUGGAAUCUAUUGGUGGUUCAUUCAAUAACAUUUUGACUGCCUCGAUCUGUGUACAAAAUUGUUGAUGAUCAUGACAAUCUUUGGAGUUUAAAUAGCGUGUCCCUUUGGUAUACUCACCUACCAUUUUAUUGCAGUCUUGAUGUCGUGUAUGACAUACUUUAAAAUUUUGUAUUCAUUUAUUUUUGCGUAGAAGAGCAGUACUUAAUUUUUUAAUUUAGUUUUGAGCUGAAUGUAAUGUUUAGAUAUAGGUAAUACUGGCUCAGUUAUAACUAAUGAUUCUAUGGUGUGUCUCACACCCCUAAAAUGUUAUUUGAUCAUUUCAUAUAAAUGUGUCCAAUUUUAUUGCUGUAACGGUCACUUUCUAAAAACGAAACGGUAGAGAGCACACGCGUAGGUAAACAUUGUGACACAUCUACAAAAGCACAUGAUAAAAAAGAGAUGAAUUUCGAUAGGAAGCCAUAAUUAUACGAGGCUCGAUGUUGACUGUAAACCUCAUCUUAACUUAUAGGACCGCUUACUUAGUGGAGUGUAAUAGAUUUUAAAACUUGACCAAGUAAAUUAUUGUGAUCUGAUGAGUACCUACUAUUUUUUUAAUAUUUUGUUUAAUUUUCCAAUGCCUGUUAUGAAAUAUAUCUAAAAAAUUUAAAAUUAAUUACUUUGUAUCUGGAGGAACUAAAAUUUGCCGUUGAAAUGGGUUUUUGGCCCAACUCGAGAACUUUCUGCCAUGUUCCUUCCCAUCGCUAAUCGCUAUUAGUUACUGAAGGACCUACGAUGGUAUGGUUGCGAAAUGGUAGACAGUUUAAGUUUGAGCCAAAAUUAUACCUAGGGCCAACGUUACGGUAUACUUAUAAUCAAAUUAGGUAGUUACAUUAUAUUGACAUGUACCUGCAUAUUAUGUAGGACCCAAAACGCUGUUCACAUUGUAGUGCCAUUACCUCACAAGUUACACCUGCCCUUAAGGCUGCGGUUCCACUAAGGCGGAGACGCGCGGAGCGGUGAGGAGACGUAUGGGGAUCGACCAAUCAUAUUACAUGAAAUCCACAUCUCGUCUUUUGCAUGUAAUGUGAUUGGUCGAUCCCCACACGUCUCCUCUCCGCUCCGCGCGUCUCCGCCUUAGUGGAACCGCCGCCUAAACAAUGUAGAUCUGCCAUGUACCUAUUUUUCGUUGAUUUGGUCACAAAUUCAUAAAAGACAAAAGAUGACAGAAGAAUGAACUUUAGGCCCCUUACCUAUUCAUUAGAAUUGAUUUAUCAGGUGUGUCUUUAAACAAAUGGGGAAAGUUAAUUUACCUAAAACUUCAUUUACCUAUUUACUCUUUUUCUAAAGCGUCAACAAACUUGGCACGAGAUAUUAGAAAAAAAAGGCAUUAAAAAUUGAGUCUCACGAAAUAUUUACUCUUGCAUUCUCCAUGAAAUAUUCUAGAAAAUAUGUGUCAAAAUUGUUUACUUUUUAGGGCAAAAGUAGAUAAGUACUUAGACCCGUUUUUGACAUGCCUGCCUAUUUACCCAUACCUACACUUAAAAAAUGUGUCUGAAUGAUUAUGUAGGGAGGCAGUUCAAUUUAUUAAUAUGAUUGGUAUGCAUUGGAUAAUGGCAGUUCUAGCAUGAACUAGCGUGUGUAACAUUAGGUACCUUACUCAUUAUGUAUCCAGUUUGAAAGAAAUAUGUAGGUACCUACUUGUUUUAAGAAUGUACAGGAAAAGAAGUUUAUUUGGUCUCGACGGCUAUUUUAUGAUUAUAUAUGAAUGUUAUCUCUAAAUUGUACAAUAAGAGGUAAUUUACUUUUUAAUAAAUUAAUUAAAUUGCACAUAUCUGAAA